CAAAUGUCAGUUCUAUCUAUUCAUACCAAUGGGAGUUACUGAUAUUGUUUUAAUGGUACUGUAAGUGUUGUCACAGACGAAUCAUGUUGCGAGGGCCAAGGGACUUCUCUAGUCUAGAUUUGAAGCAGUUUGGUGGUCACAAAGAUGAGGUGAACAGUGUAGCUUUCUCCUUGGACUUCCAGAUAAUGCUUACAGGAUGUGAUGAUCAAAGAGUACGAUUAUUUAAUGCUAAGACGGGAUGCAUGGUGUGCAAGGUCAAAGGUCAUACAGGUGCUAUAAAAAGUGUGGCUAUCAGUCCUGACAGUAAGACAUUUGCCAGUGGAUCUUAUGACAAAACAAUCCGACUUUGGAGGACCCGGGAUGCUGAAUUACUACAUGUGUUAUUUGGCCACACUAAAAGUGUAGAAGUGGUAGUAUUCUCUCCAGAUUCCUCUCAGAUCGCCUCCGGAUCCUGGGACAGGACUGCUAUACUGUGGGACGUUGAGAAAGGAUUUCCAGUUAGGAUAUUUUCUGGACAUGAUAGCUUAGUUCAAUCAAUUGCAUUCUCACAAAAUGGCAAAUGGUUGGCAACAGGGUCCUGGGAUUUCACUGUUCGAGUGUGGACUCUGACCAACACAGAAGGUGAAGAGGAUGUCAAGGUCUUAAAGGGUCACCACGGUAACGUGCAUGCUGUGGCAUUCUCUAAGGAUGGCAUGCUGGCGUCUGGUUCUUGGGAUAAGACAGUGCGUAUGUGGAACCCUAGUAAUGGUAAAUGCAUUCACGUGUGUGAAGGUCACAUUGGCUGGGUCCAAGCUAUUUCCUUCUCUAACGACGGUCUUUACGUCGCCAGUGCCAGCGACGAUGACACUGUCCGUGUCUGGGACGUUUACAGCGGCAAGUCCAUUAAAACAUUAGAGGGUAAGACAGAUGUGGCUCAUCAGUGUGCAUUCACACCAGGGGGAGCUCUUGUAGCUUCUGGUGCAGCAUCAGUAACAUUAUCGCUGACGUGA